AUGGCAUCAACCUGGCAGCAGGGAGGAAAGAAGAUUGUCUGCCAGUUCUGUGGUCGGUCCUUCCCGUUCCAGUCCAACCUCGAGUCCCAUGUGAGGACCCACACGGGGGAGAAACCGUAUCAGUGCGCCCUCUGUGACAAGUGCUUCAGUCGUCGUAGCAACAUGCGCAGUCACAUGGUCACCGUGCACAGGCUCGCCUUUGGGGCACCUGUGGUUACAAGCACGUAUGCGUGCACAAAGAACGUAUGCCAGUUUUGUGGGAAGGCGUUUGCAUACAAGUACAACCUCGAGUUACACGUGCGAAUUCACACGGGUGAGAAACCUUACCAGUGCACUGUGUGCCAGAAACGCUUCAACCAGAAAGGCAGCAUGAGAAGUCACAUGGUCACUGUGCAUGGGGGCAAGAAUGGUUGUCAAUUCUGCCACAAAACGUUCAAGAACAAGAAGGAUCUGGGGCGUCACGUGCGCAUCCACACAGGGGAAAAACCUUACGAGUGUCGAAUAUGCGGGAAACGGUUCACGCAGAACGGGAACCGGAAAUCUCACAUGGUCAAUGUGCACGCAGACCAGCUGAGACUGGAUCUGCCUAAUCUUGAGAAAUAGCCAGGCUUGUACUGGAUAACACUGCUCUCAUGUCAGAGUGGAAGCACACGUGUAGCCAGUGUGGAAAGGUGUUUCGGACCCCUUUCCUGUUGAGGGGCCACAUGAGGAUCCACACAGGGGAGAGACCCUACCAGUGCCCCGUGUGCAAGAAGGGCUUCACACAGAAAGGGAACUUCCAGUCUCACUAUGUCACUGUACAUCGUAAGAUGGACCUCCUGAACAUACAGCAGAUGUAGAUGAAUUGCUGUGUUGUUUUUGACAUGGUGUUGGCCUGGCCACUGAGAAGUCCCGGGUUUGAUCCCUACUGUAGGAGCGUUCUUCAUGUCUCCCUGAAGACACCAAGUACUGGUUCUACCCAGGAAACGGACUCAAAAGCAUUUCAAUAAGCCUUCCGUGAUGCAAUCGAGCUGAAAUAAAUAGGUUUAAACAAGUAGAUGAAUGUUAUAUGAAAGGUGGAGUGUGAAACCCAGACUUGACUAGUUUAAGCCUAUUUAUUUUAGCUUGAUUGCAUUGAAAGUACUACUACUUAUUUGAAACACCCUUAAGUCUGUUUCCUGGGAUUAAAACCAGUACUUGCUGUCUAUUGGGAAGAUAAAAAGAAUGGUCCCACUGUGGGGAUCGAAUCAGUGACAUCCCGAGCACUAGGCGACCAGACUUGAUUGUCAUGGUUAACUGACAUCAAAUGACUGUAAAAUGGGAUUUUACAGCUGUAGAAGAAUGUUGUGUAUUUUGUGGAAGCAAUAACAAAGAGUCUGUUUGAAAGGGUUAUAAACUUGCCUUUAAUGGACUUAAAUAUUCAGCAGAAGUCAAUGAUUAUCAUGUGACAGGUGGAGUUUUCAACAAAGACAUUAUUGCCAUGUUUAACUAACAGGAAAUCAGCCUUUGUGAAGUUACAUUAAUAAGAUAAGGUAAUGUAUUUUUUGGAGCAAGAAAAAAGAAUUUGUUGGAAAUGGUUUUGAACUUGCCAUUGCAAGACAUAAUAUAUACAGCAGUAGUUGAGUGUUGUGUGACUGCUUUAGACUUAGCGGUUGACGAUGUCAACUUGUGAUUGUUUAUUAUAAGAUGAACUUGGAGACACACUUAGCGAAGCCUCAUCAGUAAGAGCAUGUGGUCAUGCAAUAUUCUAAGAAAAAUUGCCUGGUUCAGAGUUCUUUACAUAGCAGAUUGUACACAAAUAUGAUCUUUUUAGACUGUUUAUAUACUUAUUUUGUUAGACGGAUUCUUAUUUUACAUUAUGUUUGAACAAAUAUAUCUGCUACAUUAAUAUUUUAGUAUAAACUUGAUGUAAAUCAUACUAGUAAAAAUUAAGGUAUUUAGAGAAGGAUAUGUUAACAAAUUUGACAGUUUUUUUUCUUUGUAGAAAGUGAUUUUAAUUAAUGCCUGCUGUUUUGUGGAUUAUGUUUAUUGUACAUUUAGCAUAUUUAUUAAUUUGCUUGUAGAACAUUUAAUAGAAUGUUCACUAUCUAACUUUGUACAGAAUACUCAUUUUUAUGCCCCCGAAGGAGGGCAUAUAGUGAUCGCACUGUCCGUCUGUCUGUCCGUCUGUUGGUCUGUCCAUUUGUCUGUCUGUCACACUUUGCGUUUAGGUUUCGAAAAAUGCUCAUAACUUCUAUGUCGCUUCAGAUGUAACCUUCAUAUUUGGUAUGCAUGUGUAUAUGGACUAGGCACACCAUACGCACACAAAUUUUGACCCCUUUGACCUAGACCUUGAACUAAGGGUCUGCAUUUAGGUUUUGAAAUCUGCGUUUAGGUUUCAAAAAGUGCUCACAACUUCUAUCAAAGCGUUUUCAGGGGCAUAUGUCAUCAUAAGGAGACAGCUCUUGUUCAUUUACCAAUCCUGGUCACAUGCUGACUGUGUAUUUGUCCAUAUUAGAUCACUAGCUUUUCAUAUUAGGUUAGUAUUUUGAUAGUAACAUUAAAUGAUGUCAUAGAAGUAAGAAAGACAACAUCAUAAACUACAGUAUUGGUAACUUGUGUGAUGUUAUUACUUAAUGCUGGAGAAAGAAUGGUACUUGGUAAGAUAAAUUCAUUAUACAGCUUCUUGCUGACCCAGCACAGCUUAACCCAAAUAUUUACUUACUGACCCCGUAUCAUAACAAAACGUCAGUCAGAAGCCAUGGAACUAAUACUUUAACCCAUAACCACUUAGAUACGUGUUUUGAAUGUUUGUAGUCCCUUAGAAAGUUAAAUUUAAUUGAAGAUUUUCCUUACCAGAUUAACGUUUCAAAGGCUUCUUUCCAACCCUUAGAUACAGAUAAGCAGCAAACAGUAUAAAACCUGAACAGACUGCGAGUUAGGGUGUUCUGGUUUUAUGCUGUUUGCACAUCAACAUUUUCACUUUGCCUCUGAGUGGGAAAGGGUUAACUCUUUGCAUGCUGGGAAAUUUGUCGUCUGCUAAAAUGUUGUCUGCUAAGUUUCUAAAAUUAGCAUUUUCUUCGAUUUUUUUUUCAAAAAAUACUAUCAGAAUAGCAAACAGUUUGGAUCCUGAUGAGACGCCACGUUCUGUGGCGUCUCAUCUGGAUCCAAACUGUUUGCAAAGGCCUUCAAAAUCUGGUUCCAGCCUUCAAAGUGUUAUUGAUCCAUUUUAAAUAUUGUAAGCCCCAAAGUUUUGUAAGUUAUUAUGAAAAUGUAUGCAAGUACAUAUAUUCACUUCUUAUUAUAAUUUAUGAUAUGUCUUUUGAAUUUGUCAAAUUCAGAUGGCAAACAUUGUUUCUGUUUUCUUAAUUUAUUAUUUUAUUGUUGUUAUGUAAUCCUAUUAAGUAUUUACAUAUUUUUUUUUUUAUUGGUGUGUUUGUGGUAAACUUCUACUGUUAUGAAGAACAUGUAGCUAUAAUGAAACAAGAAAAUAUAUUUAAACAAUUUA